AUGGCCAGCGGUAUCCCUACUCGGCGCUUCGCCCGUCGCGUGGAUGAGAAUGCUCUUCCUGCUACUUCAACCAUUGCGACCCGUUCUCGCUCGGCCAACGCUGCCGCCAACACCGCUUCCAACAACGGCAACAACACGACCAUUCCUGUUAUGAAGAGGACUGGCUCGACUGCCGGCGCCACCACCCGCUCAUCCACCCUCACCGCCGACACCAAAUCAACCCUCGGCAAGACCACCAUGACCAGGCGGCGUGCAGCCCUUGGGCAAGGUGUCGAGCGUCGUCCUCUCCAGAACACGCAGACCACCCAGCAAACCCUUCGCCGCACCACUCGCUCCAUUGUCACUGAGCCCAAGGACGAAAAGGUUCCCAUCAGCAAGCGCAAGCUUCCUUCGACGACCCGUCCCACCCGUCCCAGUGGCUCGCGGGCCAACUCGACCACGUCUACGUCCACCAACACAUCGGACCGUGGCACUCGCGGCGCGCGCGCCAUCCAGCCCACCACGUCCCUUCCCGAGGCUGGUCCCGCCACCAAGCGCCUCCGUCCUUCCGACGUCCUCCAAGUCGCUGACUAUGACGCUGAUGUUCCUGAGCUCAAGGUCGAGCGGAUACAGCGCAGCCCUCGCCCGGUCGCGAAGGACGCUGGAUGGACUGACCUCGACGCCGAGGAUGAGGGUGACCCCACCAUGGUCAGCGAGUACGUCAUUGACGCUUUCAAUUACAUGAUGGAGCUUGAGACGACCAUGGCGGACCCCGACUACAUGGACAGGCAGGACGAGCUGCAGUGGAAGAUGCGCUGCAUUCUGAACGAUUGGAUCAUCGAGGUGCACUCCAAGUUCCGCCUUCUCCCCGAGACCCUCCUGAUCGCGACAAACCUCAUCGACCGGUUCCUGUCUAAGCGCUCCGUGUCAUUAGUCAAGUUCCAGCUUGUCGGUCUGACUGCCCUCUUUGUCGCCGCCAAGUACGAGGAAGUCAUCUGCCCCUCAGUCACGCAUUUCCUGCACAUGACCGACGGUGGUUACGACGUCGGAGAGAUUCUCCGCGCCGAGCGGUACCUUCUCACCACCCUUGGAUUCGACCUGUCGUUCCCCAACCCCUUGCACUUCCUCCGUCGUGUCUCCAAGGCCGACGGCUACGAUGUGCACGCGCGCACCGUCGCCAAGUACUUUAUCGAGAUCAGCUGCGUCGACCACCGCCUGAUCGCAUACCCGCCAUCAAUGCUGGCCGCUGCGGCCAUGUGGCUUGCCCGCCUGUGCCUCGAGCGCGGACCAUGGCACGCCAACAUGGUUCACUACUCGAGCUACUCGCAGGCCGAGCUCCUGCCGUGUGCACAGGUCAUGCUCGACUUUGUGCUCGACCCCGAGGUCGACCUGACAUCGGCCUUCUUCAAGAAGUACGCCAGCAAGAAGCACCUGAAGGCCUCGGUCUACGUUCGCGAAUGGGCCAUGCACCGAUGGCCCGAGUCCGCCGUCCCCGGGCAUGAGCUCGAGGAGGAGUUUGGACUCGACGACCAGGUCCCUCCCCCUCCGCCGCCCAGCUCGGAGUAA